AUGACACCAAGUGCGACGUUUGCCAUGCUUCAUCUGGCGAAGGAUAGGCGAGGAGACCGGACUUACCUUGUGUUUCCUCAGCGACGAGAGUCUCGACAGAACAUGACGCGAGGAUGGUACAUCUACCAUCCCAACCGCAAGCGGAACACAAUGCUAUUCACGACAACCUUUAUCGGCAUCGCAUCUCUCUGCCUCGCAAAAGAAAUUAACAAGAACCGCAACAAUGAACCAAACGCAAUAAUAGACCAAUUCCCAUGGCUCUCCCUCUUUGACGAAACAGGCAUUGACCCGUUGAAAUAUCUGAAAGCCCCUGCUGAGGACGUACCCGAGACACUCGCCUGUACUACUGCAAGACACUCUUGUCUGUCUCAAAAGAGAUUUCCAGCUAACAAAGAGCAGAAACCUGGUCCGGACAGAGUCGCUUGUCCUGCUGCCAUCGCGGAAUGGUUCAACCUAGUUGACGAACAACGUCACAUCAAUAUCCCCGGGGGUCAAUGCCGUUCCGUUACCGAAGGGACAUGUCGAACGGUUGCGUGCGCCCCGAGAGGAGAUGUCAGCGUUGCACUGGAAGAAAUAACGGGACACAUGUGGAAUCCUGUGUCUUCGCGAUGUGUAUUUGGCGGGACGGGAGGGAUAUGGCAGAACCAAGGGUCGACAUUGGUGAUUGAGAUGGGACAUGCAAAGGAGAAAUAA